CUCAGAGGCGAUAUGUGGGGGAUUUGCAAUGUUUUAUGUCGGUGUUUCUAUACGGUGCUUUACGGUAAUUCCUCCCAUGAUGCUUUUCUGUGGGACGCUGUUUAUGGUUUGCAUUGGUGGUCUGUCUCUAAAUAUCGUAAUGGUUUGAGCAUAAAGGUUUUCUCUUAUUGUCGAGUACAGGCAAAACAUCUUUAUUAAAAGAUUACGACUGCGAAAAAUCUGACCAUUUAAGAGCUCCGGUAAAUGAUGGACAUCAUGAACACUGUUGAUUUUCACACACAGUUAACAUCCAUAAUGGAAGUGUUGGCGAAAACAGCUGUUGUUGAAAUAGGCAAACUUUUCGAUGAGAAUUAUUCGUUAUUGAGAUUAGAGAUAUCGCGAUGUACAAACGAAAACGACUCUCUGAGAAAGAAAUGUUUGUUUCUGGAGACUGAACUUCAGGCUGCCCGGAGAAACACCAGCAGGAUGAACGAGACUGAAGCUUCAUUCAGCGUCAGCGACGGACUGACAGACACUGGACAUCGUCCUGCAAUUGACAACGUGUUUGGUAAGGACUGGUGCAUUAACCUGUGGAGACACGAGGAGUCAAACAGUGGUCAAAAUGAGGACACAAAUCUGAGCUCUUCAGUCGAGACAGUUAAUUUGUUGGAUGAAGAACCAGACACGAUCCUGAUUAAAGAUGAGACAUUUGAGGAUUGCCCAAGUAAAAAUAAAACUGAAGAUAGAAGCAACAGUUUGAGAAAUACAGGACCUGCAGUGGGCAGCAAUGAAAGAUGUGAUGCUGAGACUUCCGCAGAUUUUAUCACAUACACAAUACCUACAUAUGACCAAGUGAAAUCAAACGUACAGCGGAGAGAAGCAGAAAAACAAACUUUUAAUGCAAGACUUUCUACUCAUGGAAACAGUCCAACACAGCCACAUUUGAAAACUGAUCAGCUUGUUUCAACUUUUACCAGUAGCAUUAAAUUCAGCAGUACACAAAACCAGACAAGCGCUUCAGAAGAUAAAAAGAUUGAAUGUAUACUCUGUGGAAAAGCCUUUACGUAUUUAAGCUAUCUAAAGGUACACAUGCGGACACACACUGGAGAAAAACCUUUUGUCUGUACAAUAUGUGGCAAACGAUUUGCCCAAAAAACCUACCUGACAAUACACCAGCGAACUCAUUCUGGUGAGAGGCCGUACACGUGCAUGGAAUGUGGGAAAAGUUUUUCCCAAAAGUGUUCUCUUACUGUGCAUCUCCGAAGCCACACCGGAGAAAAGCCUUAUAGUUGUGUCGAAUGUGGUAAAAGCUACACGUACAAACAUGGUUUUAAUACACACCAGUGCAUUAGUUAAACAUCUAUUUUUCACUUUAGUCUAAAAAUAUUUCUGUUACAAAUAUUCUGCCCCAUAAACCAUUAAAAAGAGAAACCUUUCAGAAAAUGUACUGACUGACCUAAAUACGUGAUCAUACAGUGUACAUUAUAUGCAUCUUAGGGUGUGACACAUCUAGAUGACGCUCAGUUGUUGACCAAACCACUGGCAAGACAUAUUUCCAUCACUAUGAUUUUAUACGCAUUUUAUUGCAUCAAAAACAAGUGAUGGAAACGCCAAACUUCGAGUAAAAUCCCUUAAUUUACGCUCGCUUGAGGUGGUUUUUGAUUUAGAGAUAAUGCGAAUAAUGGGAGAUGGAAACGCAUUUGCAGAAUUAAUUCUGACAAAACGAACAUUAAACCCACGUGACUGACCGUCAAGCUGUUUCCGCUGUCACUGUCUUUACCAUAUAUGGUGCUCGACAUCAUCGGAAUGCCCUUGCUGCUAGUGCCUGCAUCAAAAAUGUUGCAUUCCUUCUUCUGUGCACAGCAUUCAGGCAAUUACAAGCUGCACUGCUAAUAAAUGAAUAACUUGCCCCAUCGUGACUACAUGCAGUCCUGUCUCCAUUUUCCAAGCGUGCCUUGUUUUGUUUACUGUUGGUUACUACACUGUCAUUCCCUUAAACAACUUGAUGGAAAUGUAGCUAAUUCGCAUUUGUUUGUUUCUUUUUUGCGUAUUUCGAAAAGAUUCGCUUCACGUUUGGAUGGGAAGGGAACCCAAUUAUUGUUUGUCUUUUUUUCAGGGGAUUAACCACAUUCAAUUGGUGGCAGAGAUUAUUAGUAUAAGCAAUUGCUCGGAUUGGCCGAUCAUUUAGUGAAGUAGCACAUGAGAGUAUGAAACAGAAAUGCAAGCAAGUGAUGAAAUCAAUGGGAAUAGGCAUUGAUAACAAGCAAUAUAUAACUACAUAAACCAUACCACUUUUUUGGGUGGGGUGGGUAACUCUGGGGUAUCUUUUACCUGGAUUAUCAUUUUUAUAUUUUUCCCUUUUGUCUUCCGAAAACAGUUGUUUCUUAAAGAAAUGUUUAUACUGUUGUUAUUUUUUACUUAAGUGUUUAAUUGAAUAAAAUGUUUUAGUUGUA